AUGGGCCAAGAUGACGAUGUGGCAACGUCAAUCGCACAUCUCGUGUUGUGUGGGGUGGCUGGCAGGGGCAUUAGUCGGAUUUCUGGCAAAAGUUUCACCCAUCCCGGAAUGCAUGCCAAUUUCCUCGUGCACGGAAUCGUGGGGUUCCUGCACUACCAAAGCGGAGUGUUCAAUAAUGACUUCUCGGGUGCAUAUGCUUUAACAUCGUCCGCGGCUCGGUACUUAGCCUUGCCAUGCCUUAUGGCGGAUUUGUAUCACAGCAACGCUACUUUGAGAGUCCUCCAUUUGAUUUCUGGGCUUAUUCCCUUCGUUAUGGAUGUCACAGGGAAUGGCAAUGCGCACUUGGGGAAUGUGAUUAUUGCGAUAAAUAUAAUCUCAUUGUGCCACUAUUCGAUGGAGAAUAACCGUGAGUGGGGCUGGUACACCGCCGGGGCGGGCCUGUUCGCUUACUUCGCGGCGCCGCAGACGGGUUUGAAGGUUUUAUACCCACUCGGGCUCGCUAUUAUGGAGUAUUGCGCGUAUAGGGUGUUCCACGUACAGUUUGACGACCUCGUCGACUCUCGGGGCCGCAGGAGGCCUCCGCCAAAGCCAAAAGCAAAAAAAUAG